GCCCCGACGCCGCUGUAGCCUCCGCGCCGCGAAUAUGACGGCCCUCGCGGCCUACACCAUGUUUGUGUGCGGACUGGCGGUCGUCGUGUGCUCUUGCUCCGACAACUGGCCAGGGGAGAGUGCGGAAAACAAGAGUGAAAGAGGAGACUAUAGCUUUCUCUACAACUACUUGACAGGCUCCGGAGCUCAUAACUUCAGAGAUGCCGUCACAGUAGGCUUCUUAGGGGCGUAUGGCGAUAUACAGGUUGUGUUGGGAGCUCUGCCUCUUGCGGUGACCGCGGUCAACGCAGAUCCCCUACUUCUGCCGGGGCGACGUCUGGAGUUCGUGGCCCGGGACAUCGGCACAGAGCCCAGCGGCCUGGCCAGACGUCAGUCCUCCCUGGCCACGCUGGCCAUCCGGGUCAUGACUGAGAUGCGAGACAACGGCACUGUGGCCUUCAUAGGCCCGGACGACACAUGCAGCGCCGAGGCAUUGGUAGCGGCCGCCUGGAACCUCCCCAUGAUAUCAUAUAAGUGUGCAGAUAAGAGUGUGUCGGAUAAGCGAGUUUACUACACGUUUGCACGCACCCUUGCACCGAGCACGAAGGUGUCCAAGUCUGUGGUGGCGCUGCUUCACGCCUUCAACUGGCACAAGUUCGUCGUUGUGGCGGGAAAAAGUCCCGCCUGGGGCAUACAGAUCAAGGAGGCCAUCAAGGACUUGGCCGGAGAAUACAACCUAUCAGUGACAGGUGUGUAUGAGUUCAACAAUUACAUUCCCAAGGACAUACAAGAGAUGGAGAAGAUAGUUGAUGACACGUACAAGAGAACAAGAGUGUACGUGUUUGUAGGAGAGCACAUAGCCUUGGUAGACUUUGUCAGGUGUCUACAGCAGCGGAGACUGCUAGAACGUGGAGACUAUGUGGUGAUCUCAGUAGAUGACGAGAUAUACGAUCCUGAUCACAAGAGGAGUAUUGUACAGAGAGAAUACUUGGAUCCGUUUAUCCACCAAGGGGCUGAACUAAAAGGAUUCAGAUCCGUGCUCAAGCUGACCCCCUCCCACCCUAGAAACCCUCGAUAUAAAGAAAUAUGCGAGGAGGUGAAAAAACAGUCUACACUUCCACCGUUUUGUGUUCCAUACCACAACAAGAUAUUUGAUAGUAUUUCAGUGCCUAUACACGCGGCUCAUCUCUACGACGCGGUCAUGAUCUACGCUAGAGCCCUCACAGAGAUCUUCCACAACGGUGAAGACCCGAGGAAUGGCUCAGCCAUUCUGCAAUAUAUCCUCAACAGAUCCUACCACUCCGUUCAGGGACAUGAUGUGUACAUCGAUGGUAACGGAGACGCAGAAGGCAACUUUAGCGUCGUGGCUCUCCUAGAUGACGAGGAAGUCAACGGCAGUUUAAGGAUGAGCAUGCAACCUGUAGGAUACUUCCAGUACUCAGAUGACAGCACUGACAUACCGAAGUUCCGGUACUACGACGAGGGACGUCCUAUCCAAUGGGUGAGUGGGAGGCAGCCCCAUGCCGAGCCCUUGUGUGGUUUUGACAACGAGCGCUGCGGCUACAACUGGAAGGCCAUCAUGACCUUGGCAGCCAUCUCUGCGCUCUGCGUCGUCGCCGUGACUUUCGCGUUCAAACACUACAGGUAUGAGCAGAAGCUAGCUUGUCUGUUGUGGAAGAUUGACAUGAGAGACAUCACCAUCAUCCCUACCAUGGCGGACCCUAGAGGAGGCCCUAGCGUGUCCUACCCGACCGAGUUUCCAGUCUACAGGCACAGUGGUUGUCGUAGUCUGGUACCGGAAGUGAGCCCAAAGCGAGCCUACACUCACAUUGGUUUGUACAAGGGCAACAUCGUCGCCAUCAAACCCAUCCACAAACGUAGCCUCGAUAUCACACGCAGUAUCAGGAAGGAGCUAAAACAGAUUCGUGAGGUAAGACAUGAGAACGUGGUGACGUUCAUCGGUGCCUGUGUCGACACCGGCAACAUAUGUCUGCUGACGACCUACUGUGCUAGAGGCAGUCUGCAGGAUGUGCUGAACAACGAGGACAUGCACCUGGACAACAUGUUCGUGUCGUCACUCAUCGCCGACCUUAUCAAGGGAAUGAUAUAUCUACACGACAGUGAGAUUGUGUCCCACGGUAAUCUACGUUCCAGUAACUGUCUUGUGGAUAGCCGCUGGAUACUGCAGAUCACAGACUUUGGACUGCACGAAUUCAAAGCGGGACAGGACGAGCCAGAUGCUGAGGACAGGCGUCAGCGCCGGCUGCUGGUUCGAGCCCCAGAGUUGCUGAGGAGUCCUCACAGUCACCCCCGUGGCUCUCAGAAGGGUGACGUCUACUCCUUCGCCUUCAUCCUGUAUGAGGUCAUAGGUCGGUGUGGUCCGUGGGGCGACAUCAGUCUCUCGCACAGAGAGAUCAUCUCCCGCGUCAAGCAAGGCACCCAUCUCCGCCCAGACACCACUCCCCUCGAAGCAGCAGACUACGUAGUCAGGUGUAUGAAGUCCUGCUGGGACGAAGACCCUGAGAAUAGACCGGACUUCCGAUUCGUCCGGGUCAAACUCAAGGAGAUGCAGUCAGGCCUGAAGCCGAACAUUUUUGACAACAUGUUAGCCAUAAUGGAGAAGUAUGCGUGUAACCUAGAAGGAUUAGUGCAAGAAAGAACUAAUCAGCUGACUGAAGAGAAGAAGAAGACUGACGCUUUGCUCAACCGUAUGCUGCCUAAAACUGUAGCAGAGGCCCUUAAGAGAGGAGACCCUGUAGAGGCUGAGAGUUUUCAGUGUGUCACCAUCUACUUCAGCGACAUUGUAGGCUUCACAGAGCUAUCAGCUGUUAGCACCCCGCUACAGGUGGUGGAUCUUCUAAACGACCUAUACACGUGCUGUGAUUCCAUAAUUUCACACUACGAUGUUUACAAGGUAGAGACGAUAGGUGACGCGUACAUGGUGGUGAGCGGUCUGCCGGUCAGGAACGGUGACAGACACGCGGGAGAAAUAGCCUCCAUGGCGCUCCACAUGCUCAGCAAGAUACAGAGGUUCGAGAUACGUCACAAGCCUGGCGAACCUCUCAGGUUGAGGAUCGGGAUACAUUCAGGUCACUGUGUAGCUGGAGUGGUUGGCCUGAAGAUGCCGAGGUAUUGCUUGUUCGGGGACACAGUUAACACCGCCUCUCGUAUGGAGAGCACUGGAGAGCCUUUCCGUAUACACAUCUCACACACAACCACCGAGCUGCUACAGAGGCUGGGAGGGUACAUCAUUGAGGAGAGAGGGCUCACUAUGAUCAAGGGCAAGGGAGAGAUGCUGACAUAUUGGCUGGUAGGGGAGGACCCAGCCAAGCGACUAGAGCGUCUACAAGCAGUCCUGACUGGCUGCCUCAGCAAUGAACGUAUAAGUGAGACACCAGACCUACUUCGCCGACCGACCGGCACUGAGCUGCUGCCUGAAGCCGAGUCCGGAGACGCGACCGUGGCUAGGUUGCUGCACCAGCUGCAUCUGAGAGCAGUCAGAUCCUACUCUAGUCACAACAGUCAGGAGUCCCUGCCAUUACCAAGGCCAGGUGGAAGUUCUGCCAAGAGAGGCCAUUGCUCAGCUCCACUCAUUACAUUUAAAGACACCAGUUUUGUUUGAUUAAACUAAGAUCAGACAUUUUGUCAGUUACUAUGUGGUAUUGUAGAGUAUUUUGACCUACCACAUACGCAACUCUACAUUAUAGUCGAGAGAGGAGCCAUUCAACAUAAAACUCCUAAAAACUUUUAGGAGAAUUGAAUUUGACUAUAAUGUAACAUUCUAGACUCAACUCCAUUGGCUGUUAUGCGUCCGAUCUCUGUGAUAGAUGUUUCUUGUGAUAAAUAUAUUUAUUUAUACCUA